CGGGGGCCGGGCGCAGCCAAUCACCCGCAGAGCGCGUCGGUGCGCUUGUCCUCGCCCGCCCCGGCCGGGACUCCGCUCUCAUUCCGCCGCCGCCGUCCGCAGACUCGGUCCCUACUCAACAUGGCAGAAGCUCAUCAAGCUGUGGCCUUCCAGUUCACUGUCACCCCUGAUGGCAUCGACCUCCGCCUAAGCCAUGAAGCCCUCAAACAGAUCUGUUUGUCAGGACUGCACUCCUGGAAGAAGAAGUUCAUCCGGUUCAAGAAUGGCAUUAUCACUGGUGUGUUCCCUGGCAGUCCCUCCAGCUGGUUCAUCGUGGUGGUGGGUGUGAUGUCAUCCAUGCAUACCAAAGUGGACCCCUCCCUGGGCAUGAUCGCAAAGAUCAACCGGACCUUAGACACCACUGUCCACAUGUCGAGUCAGACGAAGAACGUCAUGAGCGGCAUCCUAUUCGGCACCGGGCUCUGGCUGGCAGUCAUCAUGACGAUGCGUUACUCCCUGAAGGUGCUGCUCAGCUACCACGGCUGGAUGUUUGCAGAGCACGGAAAAAUGAGCCGCAGCACCAAGAUCUGGAUGGCUAUGGUCAAGGUCUUCUCAGGCCGAAAGCCCAUGCUGUACAGCUUCCAGACGUCCCUGCCACGCCUGCCUGUCCCAGCCGUCAAAGACACCGUGAGCAGGUAUCUGGAAUCUGUGAGGCCACUGAUGAAGGAAGGAGACUUCCAGCGCAUGACAGCGCUCGCCCAGGACUUUGCUGUCAACCUCGGACCCAAAUUGCAAUGGUAUUUGAAGCUAAAGUCCUGGUGGGCCACAAAUUACGUGAGUGACUGGUGGGAAGAGUAUAUCUACCUGCGGGGCCGAGGGCCGAUCAUGGUCAACAGCAACUACUAUGCCAUGGAGAUGCUGUACUUCACACCAACCCACAUUCAGGCUGCAAGAGCUGGCAACACCAUCCAUGCCAUACUGCUGUAUCGUCGGAAGGUGGACCGUGAAGAACUCAAACCCAUUCGUCUUCUGGGCUCCACAAUUCCGCUCUGCUCGGCCCAGUGGGAGCGACUUUUCAAUACUUCCCGCAUCCCCGGGGAGGAGACAGACACCAUCCAGCACAUCAAGGACAGCCGGCACAUUGUCGUGUACCACAGAGGGCGAUACUUCAAGGUCUGGCUCUACCACGAUGGGAGGCUGCUGAGGCCCCGAGAGCUGGAGCAGCAGAUGCAGCAGAUCCUGGACGACCCCUCAGAGCCGCAGCCCGGGGAGGCCAAGUUGGCCGCCCUCACGGCCGCAGACAGAGUGCCCUGGGCAAAGUGUCGGCAGACCUAUUUUGCACGUGGGAAAAACAAGCAGUCCCUGGAUGCGGUAGAAAAAGCAGCGUUCUUCGUGACGCUGGACCAAUCAGAACAGGGAUACAGGAAGGAGGACCCUGAGGGAUCUGUUGACAGCUACGCCAAAUCGCUGCUGCAUGGUAGAUGUUUUGACAGGUGGUUUGACAAGUCCAUCACAUUUGUUGUCUUCAAGAACAGCAAGAUAGGCAUAAACGCAGAGCACUCCUGGGCGGACGCGCCCAUCGUGGGCCAUCUGUGGGAGUAUGUCAUGGCCACUGACGUCUUCCAGCUGGGCUACUCGGAGGAUGGACAUUGUAAAGGACACACCAACCCCAGCAUCCCCAAACCCACCAGGCUACAGUGGGACAUCCCAGGAGAGUGUCAGGAGGUCAUCGAGACAUCCCUGAGCAGCGCCAGUCUUCUGGCAAACGACGUGGACCUGCAUUCCUUUCCAUUCGAUGCCUUUGGCAAAGGAUUGAUCAAGAAGUGCCGGACGAGCCCCGACGCCUUCAUCCAGCUGGCCCUGCAGCUGGCACAUUACAAGGACAUGGGCAAGUUCUGCCUCACGUAUGAGGCCUCCAUGACGAGGCUCUUCCGAGAGGGGAGGACAGAGACCGUACGCUCCUGCACUACAGAGUCCUGCAACUUCGUGCUGGCUAUGAUGGACCCCAUGAAAACGGCGGAGCAGAGGCUCAAGCUCUUCAAGACGGCUUGCGAGAAGCACCAGCACCUGUACCGCCUCGCCAUGACGGGCGCCGGCAUCGACCGCCACCUCUUCUGCCUCUAUGUGGUGUCCAAGUAUCUUGCGGUGGACUCGCCCUUCCUGAAGGAGGUCUUGUCUGAGCCAUGGAGGUUAUCCACAAGCCAGACGCCACAGCAGCAGGUGGAGCUAUUCGACUUCGAGAAAUACCCCGACUAUGUGUCCUGUGGAGGCGGCUUUGGGCCGGUUGCUGAUGACGGCUACGGUGUUUCGUACAUUAUUGUGGGAGAGAAUUUCAUCCACUUCCAUAUUUCUUCCAAGUUCUCUAGCCCUGAGACAGACUCGCACCGCUUCGGGAAGCAUCUGAAACAAGCCAUGCUUGACAUUAUCAACUUGUUUGGCCUCACCAUCAAUUCCAAAAAGUAACCCUCCAGAGCCACAUGGAAGGAAAACAGACUUUUGUCACACAAACCAAAUGAAGAAUAGGUGUUGCUCCUGAUUGCAGGACAGGUGGGAAAUUGCUCUUACAAAACUCAGUUCUCCUUCCAGAAGGUUUCCCAUCUGUCUCCCUAGAACAAGAGUAGGCUCCACCGUGUGAAUCGUGACCCGACUGCACCCACAGAUGCCCUGGCUCCGGGGAUAUCGGGCACAGGCUCCCCGAG